CGCCGCCCCCACGUGCUUCCGGGACGCCGUGUGCCCCGCUGCGGCCGGCGCGCGCGAUGCUGCGAGCCUCAGUCCUUCGGGCUCUGGGGCGCCCGGCGGCCGCUAGGGUCCCUCUCCUGGGGGGCCCCGGCGCGCGCCGCUACGGCUCUGGUGCCCCGACUGUCGGCGAGGACGCGGCCCACGCGCGCGCCUACUUCACCACGCCCGUCUUCUACGUGAACGCCGCGCCGCACAUCGGGCACCUGUACUCGGCGCUGCUGGCCGACGCCCUGUGCCGCCUCCGCGGCCUGCGGGCUCCCGGCGCCGCCCCCCGCGCGCGCUGUGCGACCGCGUCUCCGCGCAGUUCCGCCGGCUGUUCCGGGACGCGGGCGUCGCCGCCACCGACUUCAUCCGCACCACCGAGGCUCGGCACCGGGCGGCCGUGCAGCACUUCUGGGGCGUCCUGGCGGCCCGCGGUCUGCUCUACAAGGGGCUCUACGAAGGCUGGUACUGCGCCUCCGAUGAGUGCUUUCUGCCGGACGCCAAGGUCACCCGGCAGCCGGGCCCCGCGGGGGAGUCGUGUCCCGUGUCCCUGGAGAGCGGGCACCCCGUCUCCUGGACCAAGGAGGAAAACUACAUUUUCAGGCUGUCCCAGUUCCGGGAGCCGCUCCGGCGGUGGCUGCGAAGCAACCCGCGGGCGAUCGUGCCCGAGCCGUUCCAUCACGCGGUCCUGCAGUGGCUGGAGGAGGAGCUGCCCGACCUCUCGGUGUCUCGCAGGAGCAGCCACUUGCCCUGGGGCAUCCCGGUCCCCGGGGACGACUCGCAGACGGUCUACGUGUGGGUGGACGCGCUGGUCAACUACCUCACUGUCAUUGGCUACCCGAACGCUGAGUUCAGGUCCUGGUGGCCGGCCGCAUCCCACAUCAUAGGUAAGGACAUUCUCAAAUUCCACGCCAUCUAUUGGCCCGCCCUCCUCCUCGGGGCCGGACUGAGCCCUCCGCAUCGCAUCUACGUCCACUCGCACUGGACUGUGUGUGGCCAAAAGAUGUCCAAGAGCUUGGGCAACGUGGUGGAUCCCAUGGCCUGUCUCGAUCGCUACACUGUGGACGGCUUCCGCUACUUUCUCCUUCGGCAGGGCGUUCCCAGCUGGGACUGUGACUACUACGACGAGAAGGUGGUUAAGCUGCUGGACUCCGAGCUGGCCGAUGCCCUGGGAGGCCUUCUGAGCCGGUGCACUGCCCGCAGAAUCAAUCCCGCUGGCACCUACCCAGCCUUCUGCCCCUCCUGCUUCCCCAGGGAGCCGGGGGCGCAGGGGCCGGCGGUGCGCGCCCAGGCGGAGGACUAUGCUCUUGUGAGCGCCGUGGCUGCUCUGCCCAAGCAAGUAGCCGACUGCUAUGAGAACUUCCAAAUCUAUAAGGCCCUGGAGGCGGUGUCCAGCUGUGUCCGGCAGACUAACGGUUUCGUCCAAAGGCAUGCCCCGUGGAAACUGAGUUGGGAGAGCCCGGCGGAUGCUCCCUGGCUGGGGACUGUGCUUCAUGUGGCCUUGGAAUGCUUACGAGUCUGUGGCACUUUGCUCCAGCCGGUUACCCCAAACCUAGCGGAUAAGCUGCUGUCCAGGCUGGGGGUCUCUGCCGCAGAGAGGGGCCUCGAAGAGCUCUCUUUCCUGCCUCGAUUCUAUGGACACCAGUGCCCUUUUGAAGGGAGGAGGCUGGGUCCCGAAACUGGGCUUUUGUUUCCAAGACUGGACCAGUCCAGGGCUCGGAUGGUGAAAGCUCAGGGGACCUAGAGGCACAGUUCUUACUGGUUUGUGGUAAAACUGCAAAUGUUGUUUUUUCUUUUCAGGAACAUUAUACUAGUGUUUUCUAAAGUGUUGCGUCAGAUGAACACAAGCUGUUUCCCUGCGACAGAGCCUUCAGGUGCCUCCCCUCUUGGUUUGCCCAUUAACCACUGUCUUUGUCCACUACUACGUCUAACACUUCUGCAGGAGAGAUGGGGAAGAGACGGGUGCUGAUACUAUUCCUUUCAUUGUACCGCUCUCCAGCCAGUUAUUUGUGCAAUCUACCUCUUAGGGUGUCUGCCUCUCAGGCUGAUUAGUACAGUGACAUCUUGGAGAGUAGGGGUUGGAGGCCCCCACCCUUAGCUUUUACAGGUUACCCCUACUUUGUUGUAUGUACUGGGUCUUCUGUAAAAGCGGUUGUUUUAUUAAACUUUAAAAACUAGUGCUCUAGACAAGAUGAGCUUUGCUCACAUUCACCCCUAUACUUUAUAGAGCCCUUCAGCCAGGACUCACUGGACCGACAGUCAUGUCCUGAACAUUACAUGUCCACUAGUAGGGGGCUGUGGUCUCACACGUGUAAUUCACAUUGAGAUUUCAGAAUAUUUAAAAUAGUUUUCUGCUUUCUGAUCUCAGAUCUUUCACUUAUUUUAAGGGAUAACUGCAACCACUGUAGUUUUAACAGAAAGCAAUAAAAUAGAAUUCUCAGUUUCUUAGAGACUACUGAAAAAUGAAACAAGUGUUUCACAUGGUUUAUACGAUAAACUAUAAAGCUUGAGGCACUUGGUAUAUUAAAAAUUUCCAACUUUAAUAACAGGUAACAGGUAUGACUAAUCUGUACAGACUUCAAGAGAGCAAUAUUCUCUUUGUUCUUAGUCUUUUGUUAUCCACAUAAUUUACCUCAUGAUUCCUUUUGGUUAAUCGAGAUCUGUAAUACAAUGUAGAAACUGUGUAAUAGUUGCUGAAAAUGGUAACACUUGAAUUUCAAGUAGUUUUCUGAUUAUUUGUUUUGCUCUUCUAACUUAUUAAAGUUUAAACGUUUUAA